UUUGAAUCACUCAGCUACUCACUCUCACUCAUUUACUAAAUUUUCUCUCUGAAAAAAAUGGGUUCUUUUAUUGGAAGUAAGAAAUUUGUAAUUUUUUACCUUAGUUUUGUAGUUUUAGUGAUGGCUGAAGUUGUUAGUUCAUCUAAAUUUGAUGAAUUAUUUCAACCUACUUGGGCUUUUGACCAUUUCAUCCAUGAAGGAGAGCAACUCAAGCUCAAACUUGAUAACUUUUCUGGAGCUGGAUUUCAAUCAAAGAGCAAAUACAUGUAUGGGAAGGUAACUAUUCAAAUCAAGCUAGUGGAGGGUGAUUCCGCUGGAACUGUUACUGCUUUCUAUAUGUCAUCGGAAGGUCCAACUCAUAACGAGUUUGAUUUUGAGUUCCUAGGCAACACCACUGGAGAACCAUAUAUAGUUCAAACCAAUAUUUAUGUCAAUGGUGAGGGCAAUAGAGAACAAAGACUUAACCUUUGGUUUGAUCCUACUAAAGACUUCCAUAAGUACUCUUUACACUGGACUCCCCGGCAUGUUGUAUUCAUGGUAGAUGAGACACCCAUACGACGACACACAAAUUUAGAGCAUAGAGGGAUUCCCUUUCCCAAAGACCAAGCAAUGGGAGUAUACAGCUCAAUAUGGAAUGCAGAUGAUUGGGCUACACAAGGUGGAAGGGUGAAGACAGAUUGGUCUCAUGCUCCUUUUAUUGCUUCUUACCAAGGGUUUGAGAUUGAUGCUUGUGAGUGCCCGGAGGCGACCGCCACGGCCGCUGAUAACAUGAAGAGGUGUAGCAGUGGUACAGAGAGAAAAUACUGGUGGAAUGAGCCUACUAUGUCUGAGCUUAGCAUCCACCAGAGCCAUCAGCUGAAGUGGGUUAAGGCUAACCACUUGAUUUAUGACUAUUGUACUGACACCGCCCGGUUUCCUACUAUUCCGGCUGAAUGUGUGCACCACCGCCACUAGUUACACCACUAGUAGUGGUUGUGGAAAGUGGUGGUUUGUGUAUGUUUAUGUGUCCUGCUAGAUCAUAAGGACUUGAUCAAUCACGUUGUGUAAAAAUGAAGGCAAAAAAAAAAAAAAAAAAAACAGCAGAAAAAAAAGGCCUUCAAUGUUUCAUAUGUUAGAUAAUGUAUAAAAUGGGUUUUCUAUUUGUUUCAA